AUGACAGGCAAGGGGGACGAGGUCCGAUCGAAGUUUAUCCAAGAAGUAAAGCGCAAAUAUCGGCUGCAGCGGCGGAACAAUGCCGUGGAAGAAAUAAAUAAAUUGCUCAAAGAGGACAACUGCCGAAUGUCGCUGUCGUAUGGCAAUCGUUCCACCAGCGCCAUCUCAAAGCCUUGCCCGGAAGACCCGAAUAUUCGCUCCGACGGCCCUCUGCUCACCGGCGGCUCAGUGCACGACCUAGGCUCUGGAACUUUUGGCCCUAUGAUCCCCAUCAACGAAAGGAUUUCUAAGCUCAGGGUGCGCGAGAUCGUCAGUUUCGCCAGUAAACAUAUUUUUCCGAAUAUCCGCUCCGUGGAUCUACCCGACCCUUAUCGAACGUGGGCCAUCCCUUUUGACGACGACGAACUGAAGUUGUUCACCCUCCUUUGGUCUAGCAAAUACCACGAGGGUGUACUACGUUUGACAUACGGCGCGCCAGAUGAUUCUGCGGGACUGAAGGAGCAACUCACCCUCAAGGGGCUCACUUUAAGGGCAUUACGGAAGGAAGUUGGGAGCUAUAUAGGACAGAAACCUGUAGAUUGCAUUAUUAGGUACCUUUUCGUUCUCGCUGUGAAUGGGACGGUCAGCGAGCGGAUAUACCGAGAGCCUAGUCCGUUUGCACCCAUGUUCACGGGCCUUCAUGGUAUAGAAGAAGGUUAUGUACCAGCUGCUUGA